UUCCGCAGGAGGUCAGGGGUUCAGUGUCCGCUAAUCCUGCUACGCCCUCACUCUGGUCACACCUCCUGCAAAGCUUGAAAAACCAGAAGGAUGGGACUUCGCCUCUGGGAUGCCUGCCCGUCAGAGCAUGGAAGCAGUUUGCUGGGCUUGUCUGCAGUACUGGCUUUCAUCCUCAGAAAUGAUCUGGUUUCAGCAAUUCCUAUAUACUCACAUACUUACAUCACUUACAGACACAUACUAUUUUCAUAGCUUUUUUGAUUUUUUCCCACUGCCUUGCAUCUCUUUUCCAGAGAGAUAUUGCUCUAGAUUUGUCUGUGUUGUUCAAUGUGUGUAGGGCUGGCUCUGCCUCACGGUCAGAGGCAGCUGUGAGAUGCCCUCUUGAGUGGUGCUUCUCAGGAACACAAUCACAGUGUCACAGCAUUUUCUGGGCUGGAAGGAACUCCCAAAGAUCAUGGAGCCCAGCACCUGGGCCUGCUCAGAACAGCCUCAAGAAUCCCAGCCUGUGCCCAAGAGCAGUGUCCAAAGACUUUUGGAGCUCUCUCAGCCUUGGUGCUGGGAGCCCUUCCCUGGGGAGGCAUUUCCAGUGCCCAAGCCCCCUCUGGCUGAAGAACCUUUGCCUUCCAUCCAACCCAAGCCUGCAGUAGCGCAUCUUCCAUGCAUCCUCUUGGCUCUUCUCACUGGCCCCAAGACUCAAGGCACUCUAGUGCCUGCCCUUCAGCUUUCCUUCUUGAGUAAGCUGCAGACUGCUAGAGGGACUUGCCUCAGAAAUUCCAAGUGAAAAAUGCAGCAAUGACACCUAAUGGAGAGGAGCUGGGACAGAGGAGCUUGGGGUUUUCAGUGAUGAUGAGGAUGAGAAGCAGGGCUACCGACACAUCUUGGCAGAAUGAGUUUUAUCUGGAGCGUUGUUUUGAUCUCUUUCAGGUGGAAAGGAGAGGCACAAUGAAAAGGAAAGCAAGAGCCCACACUGAGCCGUGAGUUUUGGCCUAGGGUUAAAGGACAGCAAACUUGAGGAAUGGCGAGCAAGACAACUGCUCUUUCAGAGUCACAGUGGGAUUGGUCCAAGGCUGUGGCUGCACGCCAGGUGUCUCUUGACCACUUGCCUUUCUUACGUCCUACUCCUUCUUCCUCUAGACACAUCAAUGUUGGCAGUGACUUUCAGGCCGAGCUCCCUGAGCUGCAGACCGGGCCGCCAAGUGAGGAUGAAGAGCCUGCAACCCUGGUCUGGAAGCCCUUGGAGGAAGACGACCCUGACCUGGAAAAACCAGACAGAGGCUCUGAUAGAUGGACACCUGAGGAGAAGGAGGCCUUCCAAAAGGCUUUCCACACCUACGGCAAGGAUUUCCAUCUCAUCCAGAAGCAGAUCCCGAGUAAGACUGUGGCACAGUGUGUGGAGUACUACUACUGCUGGAAAAAAGAGCAGAAACUUGCCAGCAGCACUCUUGCUCACGGAGUUUGAAACCAUCAAGGAGAGGAACAAGCACAGGAGAAGACAUCGCCCACACAAGGAUGCACAGCCUCUCCCCAAGAAGAAAAGGCCAAAUUAGCCCUGCAUUUGCCCCAGGCUAGCAAGAGUUAUGCGUCUGCAGGACUAGAUAGAAAUAAGAUUGUUUUUCAAGUUUUUAGGAUUGUUUAUUCUUCUAUUAGUUUACAUGAUAGGAAUCCCUCUGUUUAUUAGCUAAGAUAUAUAUAAGAUAUAUAACUAUUAUUAAAGAUGUAUUAGUAGUGUUAGAUUUAGCAAUAAAUGUUUGGUGUUUGGUGUUUCUAUGCUUCAACUUUUUACAUUUUGUCUUUGUUGAGACACAAUCUGUUUUUAUCAUUAAACCAAAGUUUGCUCCA